AUGUUCUCUGCCAUGCUGAUGAACCCCGAUCGUGUUGAGCACCCCGGGAUCCGCGUUGCCUACAGGACGGACAGUCACCUCCUGAAUCAACGGCGGAUGCACUUCCAAUCGCGCGUAUCCACAACCACCGUUCACGAACUUCUCAUCGCCGACGACUACGCCCUGAACACCACAUCGGAAGUGGAGAUGCCACGGAGCAUGGACCUGUUCUCUGCCGCCUGCGAGAACUUUGGGCUGGUCAUUAACACGCAGAAGACGGUGGUGAUGCAUCAACCGGCACCCAAUUCAGCCAUAGCCAACAACGCGUCGCCGCAAAUCAGCGUGAAUGGAACCCAAUUGCAAGUGGUGGAGAACUUCCCGUACUUGGACAGCACCCUUUCCCGCAACACCAUGAUAGAUGACGAAGUCGCCAACAGGAUCUCGAAAGCCAGUUAA